UUUAUGAGUAAGUUCUGGAAGGGAGUUUACCCCUUGAAUUAAAGUAUAAGAACUUUUUCAAAGUAGGAAGAGAAAGUGAAAUGUCCAGGCCUAAUUUUUGUUGUUGCGGAGAACGGCGAAAGUGGUUGCGGGACAAGAUUCAACCCGAAGUGUUAAAAUAAUUCAAAAAUGCCGAAAAGACGAAGUUUAUCUGGAAACUGUGCCAUUGGGGUGUUUGUCAUUGCAGCUGUCACUAUUGUUGUUUCAUUUUGCACACCAAGUUGGCUGGUCAGUGACUAUAGAAUAACAGGGGCCAAGCUAAAUCGAUUAGGUUUGUGGACCCAUUGUUUCCGAUCUCUACCAGAUCCUCAAGAUGAAUAUCAGAAACGCUUCUUUGUUGGAUGCCGUUGGAUCUAUGAUCCAUUCACCACUGGGUAUGACCAAAUUCGGGGCUACCUCAUUCCACCUUUUAUGGUUGCCACUCAAUUCUUUUUCACCCUGACAUUCAUUGAAACUCUCCUGACUACCAUAUUGGUACUGGUCUUCUUUUUGUGUGCUGGUCCAGAUCAGAAACGAUAUGUACAGCUCAUCAAGAUAAUUGGAUUCUUGCUUAUAGGAGGAGGAAUUUCAGGGGGUAUUGCAGUAAUAGUAUUUGCCUCAUGUGCAAAUCGCAAAAACUGGAUGCCUGGACAAGUGAACAAUUUCUUUGGAUGGUCUUUUGGACUUGCAGUAGUGGGAGUUUGCAUGAGUCUUAUUGCAGGAACAUUGUUCCUUGUGGAAUCAAACAUUCAGAAAAAGAAGAGGAAGUAUCUCAAGGAAUCUCAAACAAGAUUUGAAUUGGAUCAAGAAACUAAAGCAUAGUUGAAGACAACUAACAUUUAGUGUUAUUGCCAAUGAUCUGACAAAUUGAGAUGUUUCAAGCUUGUAUAGAUUAUUAUUAUAUUGGAAGCACAGAAGAAGAAAUGGAUAGACUUACUGUAUUCAUGAACUAGUUGAUGAUUUUGGGGUGGCUCUGUAACAAUCGUUUUUAUGACCAGGAUUGUUACUGCAGAGUUCUUAUGUUUUGCAUACAUAUUGGCUAUAACAGGCAUAUGACAUUGCUUUUUUUAAAAGCCGUCAGUCCAUGAACUUGAUGUGUUCUCAGGUGCCUUCAGAAAGGGUUCCUUGGAAAUCUUUUCAAACCUUUGACUGAAUGUUAUUUUUAAAUGAUUGGAAACAGAUGUUUACAAUUGCUCUGUCAAAAAAUUCCUUCCUUAGAAGUGAUUGUAUUUGUAUUUAUUAGUUUUACAUUUAAGACAAAUGAUAGUCUUGAUAUUAUUCUGUCUAGUGGUCCUAAUAUUUUUAUGCUGCGACUCAUUUUUCAUUUUCUCGUGUUACAAUGGCAUCCGUCCACAUUUGCCUAGUGUACAUUAAGUUGAAGAAUCUCUGUGACAAUUUGCACAAAUUAUGUUCUAUAUAUCCGUCCAACUUAGUCUGUAAUUUUGUUGAAGUUUUCCUUUUUGAUGACCAUUGUUUUUUGAAACCACUUUAAUUUUUACUCAGAGCAAGCCAUGUAUGUUUAGCUAUCUAACUGUUACUCUAACUAUUCAACUGCAUAUCACUGAAAUUUUUAUGAUUGUCCAGUAAGUUGAUUAUAAAUUGACAUGUAUGCCUGAAUUUUGUAGGCUAGUUGAUUGAGCUUAAAUUAGCGAAAAGAGUGAAUGUGACACUAAGGAUACUCUAAAACUCUCAUAUCAACUUCAUAUUUCGUAGAAGACAUUCAUUGAAACCACAUCAAAAAGCCCUCUGUUAGUCUUAUUAUUAUCUACCUAUUUUUUUGAUGUUAAUCAUUCAAUACCAUCUGAAUUUUUAUUUUCACUACUGAAGGUGUUUUGCCUCUCAUUGUAGAGGGUAAUUUCUAGUACUAUUCCUCACUUAUUCAUUCCAAUCUGAAUUUUUAUUUUCACCACUGUUGGUACUAGAGAGGGUAUUUCUCUGUAUUAUUCCUUUGUUAAGUAUUACUGCCGUCCAUUUUUAACAAUUUUCUACUGUAUGUCAAUUAAGAAUAAAUUUUAUGUACACAA